CGGGGUCCAAAAUGGCGGGAGGUUCGCGGGGCUAGUCGGGGAUUCCGCAGCGCCGGGACUGGAACGAAAGCGGAGCCGGGUCCAUCCUCGGGGCGCCCCCUCCCCUCAGCUCUAGCCCGCCCCCGCCGCCAGCAUGAGCAACAUCUACAUCCAGGAGCCUCCGACCAACGGCAAGGUUUUACUGAAAACAACAGCUGGAGAUAUUGACAUCGAGCUAUGGUCAAAAGAAGCGCCAAAAGCAUGCAGAAAUUUCAUCCAGCUUUGUAUGGAAGGUUAUUAUGACAACACAAUAUUUCACAGAGUUGUGCCUGAUUUUAUAGUGCAAGGGGGAGAUCCCACUGGUACUGGAUCAGGUGGAGAGUCAAUCUACGGGCUCCCCUUCAAGGAUGAAUUCCACUCACGAUUGCGUUUUAAUCGAAGAGGACUGGUUGCUAUGGCAAAUGCUGGAGCUCAUGAUAAUGGCAGUCAGUUUUUCUUUACACUGGGCCGUGCAGAUGAACUUAACAACAAGCACACCAUUUUUGGAAAGAUUACUGGGGAUACCAUAUACAAUAUGUUACGACUGACUGAAGUAGAAAUUGACAAAGAAGAAAGACCAUUCAAUCCACACAAAAUAAAAAGUAGUGAGGUUUUGUUUAAUCCUUUUGAUGACAUCAUUCCAAGAACAAAUAAAAAGCUGAAAAAGGACAAACCAGGGGAAGAAGUAAAAAAGUCAAAAUCCAAAGGCACAAAAAAUUUUAAUUUGCUUUCAUUUGGAGAGGAAGCUGAAGAGGAAGAAGAGGAAGUCAACAGAGUUAGUCAGAGCAUGAAGGGAAAAAGUAAAAGUAGUCAUGACUUGCUGAAGGAUGAUCCACAUCUAAGCUCAGUUCCUGCUGUUAAAAGUGAAAAAGCAAAUGAAGUGAGGGAUUCAGACGAGGAAGAAGAGGAGGAGGAUGACGAUAGCGAUAAUGAAGAAGGUGAAAUGGAUAGUGACGAGAAAUAUCAAGUGAAAGAACGCGUAGCUAAGAAGUUGAGAAAAGAUAAAAAUGAAAAUGUUAAGCUACCAUUUAAAGAAGAACCAGCAACUGAAAAGAAAACAACUAGUCGCAGUGAGGAACUACGCAAAGAAGUACGCCAGCUGAAACGUGAAUUACUAGAAGCAAAGCAAAAGAGAGAAGAAAAUUCUACAAAAUCAAAAGAAAAGGAAGAGGAAGAGGAAGAAGCUGAUCCAAACAGCAUAGUUACAGAAUAUUUACAGGAGAAGAAAAAGUAUGAAGAUCUGCGGAAGCAACAGCCAAAGAAAGGGAUAUCUCGUGAAGAGCAGACACUGGCGCUGCUGGACCGAUUCAAAUCAAAGCUAACUCAGGCAAUAGCAGACACUCCUGAAAAUGAAAUGUCUGAACCUGAAGUAGAGGAUGAUGAAGGAUGGUUGUCACAUGUACUUCAGUUUGAGGACAGAAGCAGAAAAGUGAAAGAUGCAAACAUGCAGGAUGAAGACACUUUUGAAAUCUAUGAUCCUCGGAAUCCUGUAAAUAAGAGGAGAAGAGAACAAAGCAAAAGGAUAAUGCGGGAGAAAAAAGAAAGGAGAUGAAAUGAAUGUAAAACUAUCCAGAGCUGGCUUGGAAAGUGUAAUAAAGUAUCGGCCCUUUAAUAGCUGUGGUUCCUAAAAAUAUCACUUUACAAGUGUGAAAAGGAAUCUCUCAAGAACCUGUUGUCUGAUUUUGAAAUACAGCUAUCUUAUUUGUUUUAUGAAUUGUGCAGUAAAAUAAGCAAGUGCUCUCAGUGCAUAAUCCAAGCUCUCUUUAAACACUUUUCAAAUUUUAAUAAAUAUAUAAUAGUUUUGGUCAUCAUUUUAAUCAAUGUAUAGCAAUUAAAUAUUGAGAAUAGUGUAAUUAGAAGGUAUGUUUUCAAGACAGUGAAGAAAAGAUAUUUGCCAAAAUGAAAAUGUUAAGGAAUGAAAAAAAAUUAUUCCCACCAGCUGUACAGGCUUUUUAAGAUUUGAUUUUUUUAAAUGGUAAGAUUAAAUCCAUUUACAGAUGAUUGAUUUUUUUGUUUAGUUAAGCAAUUCGGUUCUUCAUUGUAUCACAAAGUUCAGAAGAUAGAUUUAAAAAUUCCAGACUUCCAGCACAAAGUGUACAAUGUUCCCAGCUCUCUUGAAACUCAAUCAAAAUUUAAUUUGAGGGUGUGGUUAAAUUUUCUUCAUCUUGAGAAACAUAUCCAAAAAAUUACUUGGAAAGACAUGAUAAUCUACAAGUUUGGAAAUGUUAUUUCACAAGCUUGAGAACAUUUUAGAAUCCAAAUUUAAAUAGCAAUUAAUAUGGGGAAAAAAACAAUAAUUUAAAUCACAUGUUUAUAAGAAGCUUAGACUCCCAGAAUGAAAGUAGUUAUUACAAAGUACCCUUCCUCUAAUUUCAUCUUCUCUACUUUUUUGUCAGAAUUGCAGGUUUAUUUAUUUAAUCUCAAUAUUGAGAUACAGAAAUUGCAAAACUAAUCUCAGACUCUUGUUUUUAAAGACUUUACAUCUAGCAUGUCAUGACCUUAAAGCCACCAGAGGAAGCUGCAAAUUUAACUAACCGUACAUCACGCUGAUUUCUCUAGCACAUCAUGGAAGUGUGUAUAAAAGAAAAAUAUAUCUGAAAUUCCAGGGAAUAUGGCAUUUUUGGUCAUAUAAAUUUCUAAGCUACACAUACAUACAGUAAAGCAGUUAGUAACACAACUAAAUAAGGGGACAACAAGGUCAUUAAAAAGUGAGAGUACAUGAGUGUUUUGCUGCUGUCGUUUUUAGAACAAGUUCAGUAGGGUAUGGUGUCCUUAUCAAACCGCCACUACCAAGUUCCUUGAUAGGGUCUGACGUGUGAGGUACAUAAACCUGUCUUGGUGUGUUAAUGUGGUCCAAAUGGCAGAGGUUAGAUUAAUGCAGAAUAUUGCUUAAAUGUGCUAUGUAAUCUCUGAGAUAAGAAGAAAAAAACUUGUAGGUGUGAAACAAGUUCCUGGAGAAGGCUGUCAAUGUCGUCCUCUUGUUCUGAGUGAAUUAGAUUCUAGCAGGGUAUAGCAGAGUUAAGAGGGGUUACAUUCUUAAUGCUGUCAUUCACCAAAAAAAAAAAAAAGAAAAAGUGAGUCAAAGUUCUUUGUGAUCUGCUUUAGAAUCUGUAAAUAAUUUUCUGGUGGGCUGUCAUUACUACUUACCAGAAAGCAGAGAACAAUUUUCCAUCCACAGUCACAUACUGAGUCACAUCUAUUUAUUUAUUGCUUUCCUGGGAGAGCCAAUACAAAGUUUUAGAACAAUAAUGAUUAUCAAAUCCUCUCAUUCCACAGGGGGAAAUGACUAAGCUGACAUCCUCUUGCUAAUGCAGUGGGUACUGAAAAUAUUUAUAAAUCAAAAAUUUACAUUAUUGAAAUAAAUAACUGUAUGAUUAAUACUUAUCCAAAUUGUUUAUACACAUUUGAUUAAGCUGGAAGAAUUGAUAUUACAGUGCUUUAAAUGAAAUCAGUUUCAGUGGCCUUUAUAGUGUCGUAACUUGUGAACAGUCAAAUCUUUGGAAUUAAGGAGCAAGUUAUAUCUUAAGAUGGAAAAAGCAUGGACAUGCACACAGGCAUCUGUUUACAAUGAAUAGAGUUCCUGCAGAUUAUAGCUUUAAAUAAAAGUAUUAAAUAGCAAAAAAGAGGUCACUGUUGGCCAACUAUAUGUACUUACAAAGGGUGAAAUUCACUCCUCAGCAUAAUUGAGUUUUGUAUGGAAGACUACAUGGGAGGAAGAGUACAUGCUAACAUUGUCCCACAGUGAUAAAGCUGCAAUACUACAAUGACUAUUCCCUCCCAUAGGCCUGUAAAUCCUGAGCCUCUGUUCUUUUGUCAUCCCACCCCUAAUAACCUCAUCUGGGGCAUCUGUUUUACUCAGAGAUGGCAACAGGACUUCUUAGGCCUUGUCUAGACUAAGAUAAAAGGUAUGAUGGUAGAAUGUGUUAACUAAUACAUACUAGUAACUAGUUUUAAAAAUCUAAUGCAGUUAAGGCAUUCUGCUUUUAAUAUGUGCUAAACUGGUCAAGCUAAAGCCUACUGGGGAGCCUAGAUUUUAAACUUGAGCAGUUAUAUCAUGUUGAAGUAUACAGUGCCUUGUCUACACUAGACUUUUAGAACAUGUAAUGCCAUUAUCAAUUCACCUUGUUCUAAGGUGAUUUUUUGCUUUAUUCACUUUGAAUUAAAUUCCACUGGUAAUAUUGGAUUUUCUUUCAGACCGUUUACAUAUAUUGAGUUAAUCUUUUUGAACUUUGUCACCAAUUCUAAAAAGAAUUAAUAAGACUCUGAAUUAUCCCAUAAUCAAUAUUGAGUCAAAACAAGGAAGGGAUGUAUACACUAACUUUUUAUUGCCAUAAGGCAACAGUCUUCUAGUGAUCAUGAAAGUUAGCUACACGCCUUUAUUGAAAGCCAAAAGGGGAGACUCUUCACCCCUUCUUGUCAACUGUUGAGAAUAGGCCACUUCCACCUUAAUUGAAUUAGCCUCAUUAGCACUCACCCACCCACCCACUUGGUAAGGCAACUCCCAUCUUUUCAUGUGCUGUAAUAUUUAUACUGCUUACUGUAUUUUUCACUCCAUGAAUCUGAUGAAGUGGGUUUUAGCCCACGAAAGCUUAUGCCCAAAUAAAUUUGUUUGUCUCUAAGGU